AUGCCUGUGGAUUUCAGUGGGACGUGGGUUCUGGAGACUAAUGACAACUUUGAAGAUUACAUGAAAAUACUCAACAUCGAUGUGGUCACACGGAAGAUUGCCGUGCACCUGUCUCAAACCAAAGUUAUUAUACAGGAUGGAGACAAGCUUACAAUAAAGACACUCAGUACCUUCAGGAACUAUGAGAUAAGCUUGAUAAUUGGGGAGGAGUUUGACGAGUAUACUAAAGGACUUGACAACAGGAUGCUUAAGACUUUGGUCAGCUGGGAGGGCAACACAUUGGUGUGCACACAAAAGGGAGAAAAGGCCAACCGUGGAUGGAAGCACUGGAUAGAGGGAGAUAAACUACACAUGGAGCUGUAUUGUGAAGGCAUUGUCUGCCAUCAAGUGUUCAACAGGAAGAAAUAG